GCUAUCGCUUCUGUUCCCCAUCAGGUAACGGACCGACAACCAUAAGAUCAACCGUUCCAAGGCUACAGACACUGCCAGCCAUGUUCUGCCUCGAAAAAUAAAUUACUGUUUUUUUUUUUUAGCAUUUAAACGCGCAUACCAAGAUCAUUCUUGGGGGGUAUAUUUAGUUUUUAUUUUUUCCAAUCACAUAGCAGGAUUUUAAGGGGAAGGAUAAUAAAAUGUCUUCGCCCGAGCAGGAGAUGAGGUCUGGCGUUCAGCUGGUAAGCGCGCUGCUGCUGCUGCUCUCGCUCUCUGGUUGUUCGAGCAUGGACGUACUAGUGUCCAGUUACAUCAAUGCACUCAAUGGAACAACUGUCACAAUCCCCUGCACCUUCACUUCCUGCUACAAGAUUGACCGGACCAAGUUUGCUAUGAAUUGGACUUACCAAGAGACCCUAAACAAUACAGAGGAGAAGUUCAUGACUUAUGAUAAGAAUAAAGGAAUGCAACCAGUACCUUCAAACCGGUUUGGAGACAGGGUUGUGUUUUCUGGCAACCUGGAGAAGAAUGACUUAUCGAUCACGCUACAGGAUGUUCAACUGGAGGACGAGGGGCUUUACAACUGUUAUGUGAGGAACCCCCCAGAUCGCAUCCAAGGACAUGGUGUCAUUAACUUCAAUGUUGUCACAGAACUUCCCCCUCCAAGAGAUUCAACCAUUGCUGUUGCUAUUGGGGCAUCAGUGGGGGGAGCUUUAGCUCUGCUAAUCCUUUCAAUGGUGGUGGUGAAAUGUCUUCGCCGACAUCGGAAGCAAGAACUGAUUUCAGAGGAAAAGAUGGAAGAGGAGGGAAAGCUCGAGCCUGAAGCUGUUGCAGAGGAGGGAACCAAAUUACCACAGUAGUCCGAACCUGUCUCUAGAUCUUCGACUUUCUGCUCCUCAUUUUGAGCUGUGCACCACCUCCUUCAGAAACUAUAGUAACCACUGCUUGAGUCAUAUCACUGGCCAAACCUAUUUGCAUGUGUCAGUCUUUGUGUGCCACCUGCACAAAAGAGAGAAAAUCUUGUGUGUGUAAGGCCUGAAUGUAUUGAUGUACAUGUACAUAUUCAUCAACGGAAUGGCUGUUUUUAGCUUUCUUGCUUUAAUCAUGGACUAAAAUCUCCUGAAUUAGUUUAUUUAUACAAUAAUAGUGCAUUUCCUGAUAUUUCCACAACCUCUUUCCCACCAUUGUCAGGUCAAAUGUGGAUAAGUUAUAAUUUACAACUCAGAUUUCAACAUUGCGAUAUUUUUGCUCUUCCUUUGAUUUUUCCUGCCUACACUACAGUAGUCUGGGAAUGUUAAAUUGUACAGCAGAAAUACAUUUUGGUAUUUCAUUCCCAAAUUAGCUAAAUUAGAUAUACAAACUUCAAAUCACUAGAUGGUCCCAAUAUGAUCUCUGGUAUAAGUGGUACAGUUAUUAGUGUACCACUUAUAACUGCAUCAACAGUUAUUAGUGGUACACAUAAAUCACCUUGGCUAAUUUGAGUCAAAUUCAAGAAAAUAAUGUUUAAGGACUCAAAGCUGGUUAAAAGUUACUAGAAUGCAAUAACACAGACAUAACAUAUCGUUUGGCUAAAAAAAUGACAAUGUAUAUAUUUAUUUAUUGUUCUUUAUUUUAUAGUUCUCAAAGUUUACAGCAGAGUCUGAGGCAUUACGUCGAAAGGUUCAGGAUAGAUCAAGCCAAAUGAAGAAAACCAAGGUUUAUUUUAAUCCAGAAGCACUGCUGUUCAGAUAAGGCAAAAUUCACAAGUACUUCAGAACAAAAAAAAUAAAAAUAAAAAAAAUAGAGGUUUACAAAGCAGGCUAAAAGAUUAUUGGUGGUAAAAAUGGCACUUUAUAUUAUCAUAAACUGUUUUCAACCGCAAAUUUUAGAUCUUAUUGCAAUUUUAAGGAGAACAAUGAAAAACAUCAAAAGCUGUAAUCUAACCAAUGUCUGGUGAUAGGCUUAUGAAGGCAAAAUGUUGAUAUUUUGAAUUUACAUAAUAUAAGCCCAAGGGAUCCUACUUUGUGCUCAGCUAAGCUUUUUUCAGUUCAUGUCUAGUCAUAGCUAAUGCAGUUAGCGUUAGUAUUGCUGACCGGCUGUAAUAACAGCCGGUCAGCAGCUGCUUGACAGCUCAGCCAAACUAUUUUUUUGUGCCAGUAAUGUCUACUUAAUGUCUGAGCCAGAGAUUAUUCUCGAACAUUCCAACAGUUGUGAACUUUUGACAAAUCGGAUGCCUUUAUUCAUUUGGCGUUUUUAGAGGAGACAAUUUGUUGUCACUGUGGGAAAAGCACAAAUACAGCUAAUCACAUUUGUAAUAGCGCCGAUUUAAUCAAGUUAAUGAUUAUGGUACGCUCUUUGCACUCUCACCUUUAUCUUUGAGUCUUUAAAUUGUUUAGGUGAAAUAGACUUCUUACCUUUUUUAGAUAUUUAAAAACUAGAAAUAAUUUAAAGAGUACAGAAAAACUGUCUUAUAAAGGAGCUUUGAAGGUGGCAUUUUAAUAAUGUUACUACAGUCAGCGGGAAAGCUAGAAGCAAUCAUAGGAAGAGACAAAAAUUUUUUGGACCUGUAUGCACACUGUCUUCUUUCAUUGUCAGUUUUUAUUAAUUGCCUUUGUUAAUGUUCAUUGAGAGGUUAGUGAUAUAUUGACUUUUUUUAUGUAAUAAGUGACCUGGUUAAUAUUAUGUGAGUUGUGGUUCAGAGCACUUUAUCAGAUUUAAUACAAACAGCAAAACAAUGUCUAUGAUAUUUCUGGUGAAGAUUAUUAUUAGUUAUUAUUUUAUAUUAUUACAUCAUGGCCUAAACCCACCAUACCCUUAAAGUUAUGGUAAUUCUUUUAUAAAAGGAGAUGUAGAUCUGGACAAAUGUGUUGCCUGCCUUGUAAAGUUUUAUAUGAAGUCUAGAAGAAAAUGAGCUUUUCCUGCAGGAAAAUGACCUUGCACUGACAAAAACAACCUCUAUUUUGAAUACAUGGAUGCAGUGAGGGAAAUAUUAUAGGAUUAUUCCCAUAGUAGGAAAUAGAGUUAAGUUAUUAAUACUAAUUGCAAAUUUAGAUAUGAACUUUAUUUAUCAUACUAAAUGAAAGAAGGCUCUCUCUCAAAAUAUAACAAAACAGUCUAAAAGAUGAUUCCUAUAAAUACUGACCAUGCGUUUUGACAGGCAUUUUGACUAUUUAUUUUUAGUAAUGAACUUCAAGUUAUCACUGUAAUCUUGAGCUCCCUUUAAUACCAGAUUUAAAUUGAAUCUCUGACUGAGCCACUCUGAAACAUUAACGUUCAGGCAGAAGAAAUGUUGGUAAAAUUAUUGCUUCUCUUCAACUAACUCUACCCCACAGAUGUUCUUUGGGAUUUAGAUUAUGAUAUCUGUGGAAGAAAGAUUAUUUUGUGUACAGUAAAUUAUUUCUGUGCUUUGUGAGACCCAAUGGGAACCAAUUUUUAACUUUCUGAUCGAGUCCAAAAGAUUCUUAUUAAAGUAUUUUGGUAUUUCAAUAAGUUCAGAAGAGAAAUGGGCCAACUGCAUGUCAGAUCCUCUACUGUAUUUGAGUGUGAACAGAGUUAUUUGUAUUUUUUGUUUAAUGACAAAGAGCCAUUGUUGUCGAAAGGUUUGAUUUCGGUCUCUUGAAUUUAGCCAAUUGGAAACAUUAACAUCUGUGAUUAAAAAGUAUUUUUUUCCAGCACUCAAUUAGCAUGAGCAUAGUGUCUGACUUUCUGUGUACUAGUGAUUUUGUCAAAAACAACGAUUUAUCUCCUUUCAUAUAAAUGACUAAAAUUAAAGAGAUGACUUUUACAAACCUUUCUAUGACAGAUGCUACUGCAGCAAAAGAUACUUUUAUUUUAGACCUUUUUGCAGAACUUUACAAGAAUUCCUUAGAAAACACACAUUUGUAUGUGACGAAACUGAUUUUACACAGUUAUUUAAAGAACAAAAUAACUUUAGAAUAUAAACUUACUACCGGUAUACUAUUACCUGGAGGUUUACUGGAUUGAACAGCCACAUUGUCAUUUCACUCAAAAUUAUUCUAAUUUGUUCUUCCAGGAAUGAGAAAUAUGUUGUCAGAUGAAGUGAAAUAUUCAAAACCAGAUUACUUUUUUUUUUCUGCCAGCCAGAAACAUAUCCAACAAAAAAACUUAAAUUGCGCCCACAAUCAUGUUUCAUAAUGGUGUUAAUAAAUGUCCUAAAAUUUUAUAAAGGUCAUGAAAUAAAGACACAUAAAGAACGGUUAUUUAGUAAUAAUGCAUAUCAGGGACCCAUAAGAUCUUAGUACUAGCAGUGGUAAUUUUACAAAACAAUACCAAAUGAUGCACAACAAAAUGUUUUACAUUCUGUUGAUUAACUGACUGGAAGAGCACACAGUGUAGUGCUAAUAAACCUGCUUAUCUGUGAGAUUUAAUUAUCCACCAAAGCUAGUAAAAUUAAUUGUUUUGGCAGCUGAAGCAUGCACAUUUUAAAGCACUACCAUAAAUGCAUGUCACAUUCCACAUAUCAAGAGAAACAUCUAAUAUGACGAUAACAACAUUUCUUUUUGAUAUAAAAACACAUAGUGAUGUGAGUCACAGCAUGUUUGCUUCAGCAGUCAGUAGUGCAGUUUAUCACUCUGUAAAUUUCUUAUUUAUUUUUUUGACAUGCAUUAGCUGCACAUAGAAUUUUGUGUCAGUAACUUAUGUGCACUUUAUUGUGAUUAGUUUGCCUCUUGUAACUGUUACCUAUGAAACUGAAUAUAUUUGAAAAUAUUUUAAAAAAUCCUAUGAGCUAUAUUGUUUAUUGCCAAGUGGAGUUUAUUUUUAAAGACUGAAAUAAAAUGAGUUUCAUUGCAAAAAAUCAGGAAAGUAUAAAAUACUUGUGAAGUUCAGCUGGUAAUAAGAUAUGGCACGACAAUGUGAGCCAGGGGAAACUGGAUUUGCAAAAGUGCAAAUAGUUUAAUUAGUCCUUGAUUGAUAGAUUCUAAAUGUUUUUAUUGCCAAGCCGCUCCUCUAAGUAUAGAAAUAAAGACAAGUAGUUUAAUAGCUGGUUCACCCAGUUAUUAUAUUUAGUGACUUAAUGUAAUAUCGACUGUUGUUCCAGUCAUCACCUUGGAACUAUGUAUGUGGUAUGUUGUUGAUGUCACUUGCUUAUUAGCUGAAGCUCAGUGAUUUCUUGUUUCUCUUGGGGUGAGAUGAAGUUUGGAGUUUAAUAAUAAAUCAUUUAGGAGCUGUUUUUUUAGAGGAAGAGAACACACUUUUCCAUGGAGAGAAAAUCUAGGAGUGCAAUACAAACAAACAACAGAACUGUACACAAUAAAAAAGAACAACUUUCUUUCCCCCCUAUUUUUAUGUGAAAACAAUAGUAGAAAAGGUUGGGAAAAGUGGGUUGAACCUUUCUAUUUAAAUUUGCACAUUAUGAUAUAACAUUGAUACAGUCAUAAUUACAUGCAGUUUUCAAAGACCUCUAAUUAGCAUUAGACAACUGAGCUGUUAGCAGUCAGCACAGACCUUUGAUUUGUUGACUUGUUGAAUAGUUUCUGCAGAGUUGUUUUAGUAGGAAAAAAUCCAAUUUGCGUAAGCUUGAGGACUUUGCUUUCUGUGUAUCCACGCAUGUUCUGUAGAUCAAGACGGGAUGGCAGAAUAUUAUGUGGAGUAAAAGAAUGUCUGUAUUGGCUGUAUGAUGUCAUAUACCACACUAUUUAUGAUGGGAUGUCUUGUAUUUCCAUGCAGAAAGAAAUAAAAAAAUUAAGAAAAAAUA